UUUUCUCUUUAUACUAACCAUACAAACAUUCCAGAGUUAAGGUAGUAGACGAGGUUCCCAUUUCCCACACUGAGGCUGCGACAUGCUGUGCUUAUAACUCAAACUUUGGCCACGUCAUUACUUGCUCUGAAGGAUCGGUUGUUAAAUUGUGGGAUUUUGAAACGGGAACGUUUAUGUUUGAGUUCAACAAAGCUCACGGUGAAGCCGCCAUAUCUUCCAUCACAUUUGAUUCAACAGGGCGUAGGUUGAUUACUGCUGGGAGAGACGGGGCUGUGAGGAUCUGGAAUUAUAAUAAUGGCCAUUGUCUCAAAUCUCUAGAACGAGAAAACUGUCGCAAAGAAGUGACGGAUUGUUCUUACGUUGAGUUGAACAACAACAAAUACAUCAUAGCUGUCGGUUGGGAUCAUAGGAUUAAUAUUUUCACCGAUGAAAUGGAUGAAUUUCAUUUAAUUCAACGCCCACAACCUCACUGGCCAGAUGACUUGCGUCGAGGUCACACAGAGGACAUUGUGUCGGUCACAUUCGGUCGACCUAACUUGCUUGGAACAGUUUCAUACGAUGGUUAUAUUAUAGUGUGGAAUAUCAUAUCAGGACAUAGCAUGGCAAGGAUACCUUACCCCAAUAUUGAACCAGACACCACUGAUAGUUCAGAUGAUGAAGAAGCAACAGCAGAAAGAGUUAAAGAGAAAGGCGCGGUGAACAAACUUGCGUUUCUUGAAAAUCGUUUCCUCGAUAAAAUGAACGCCUCGUUAAUUGCUGGUUGCUCCGAUGGUGCUGCCAUCGUGUGGAAUAUUAACCAUGGAAAAGCGCACGCUAGGUGGCGUGCUACCUGUAGGAAAGCUGGUCUGAGUGCUAUGGUUGUGACAAGCGAUUGUGAACUACUUUACGUUGGAGAUACUUUGGGUUUUGUAUCUAUAUGGGACAUUGCUACAUACGCCCUACGUCCCCUUGUACAACUAAGUGAUGGUGAGACUUCACCUAAAUGGAGCAAUCCACCAUACAAGGUUGCUUCAUGGAGGUGCCAUGUACAAACUAUCACGUGCAUUGAGGUGAUCGAAUCACGGGAGUUAGUGAUCACGACAUCAUCAGAUUAUACAGCGAGGUUGUGGACCAAUACAGGGCAGUUUAUAGGCACAUAUGGGCAAUCCACACCAUGGGAAAUCCAUGACCCACAAACAUGGCAGCACCCGAUGGUUCCUCCCGAAGUAUUACUUGAUCCUCUAAGCUUGCCCGAACAUCCAAUGAUGGAGAAGGAUUAUCAAUUUCUGCCCGACAGUGACGACACGGAUUCCGAUGAAGAGAUCCAAGAUCUUCCCGAGAAGAAGAAACAUUCAGUGAAACGACAUUCACCUCGCAGAAGCUCAAGUUCGUGGUCAGGAGGAUCCACGGACGCAUGGAAACGGAAGUUGUCGCGAAGAUUAUCACGGAGUUCUCUCAUCACAAGCAUCAACAUGUACAAAGAUGAGGAAGACACGAUGUUGGAUGAAGUGAGGAGAAGCAUGAGGAAGAGUGCAGGGAAGAGGUUACGACACGAGAAGCUCCUUGCCCAACAGCGCCACUUACAGUUAAGUCCAAGCAGCCACGCGUUUCAAAGUCUCCAAUAUUUUGACCUUGCCGAGCCCCCCACUGAAGUAACGCGCCCUGAUCCGAGAGCUCACAUCGACGACGUCUUCCUCAUACAAGAAGAGGACGAAGAAGUCGACACAUGAGGGAGACAGUGAGUGAGUUUCAAAA